AUGAGACCUGAACCGAAGUCAAAAAUCUACGUCGUCGUCCGCGACGACUACGAUCCAGAAGACGGAGAGGACAGGUUCAUGACGGAGAUCGUCGGCCUGUACAACGAUGAGGAAGCUGCGAACGAGACGGCUGAAGAGCACGCAAAGGAGCAUCUGCAGGGGUUGACCGAUGACAAAGAUGCCGAGGUCAAGCAGGAGGGAGGCUGGGUAUAUCGAGACGACUACCGUGGCGCGAUGAUGUUCGAAGUCAGGGUGGAAUGUCAUGGCUUACACAUCGGCAAGAAGAGGGCGACGGUGGCUGUUGUUGAGGCUGCUCAUGGUCCUGGCAAUGAUACUGACAGUGAUGAGGAUGCGGGCAUCGAAGACAUUCGGAAGCUUUACAACGUUCUACGAGCAGUUAAUGCGGCUGGCGCACCAGAGCUGAACGACUACGAGCACCUUCAUUGGGCAGGGCCGAUCGACCGCUCCGCGUAG